GCUGUUUGCAAAAAAAAAUCUAGGGGAAAGUGACGCGGGCGGGCGCGAGCCGGGCAAGGGAGGCAGGGGCGCGCGAGGCAGGGAAAGAGACUGGGCGCGCGAGACCCGGGCAAGGAAGGGAGGGAGGCAGGCGCGCGAGAGCGUGACGUCACUCCCCUCAGAGUGAAGUUAGAGCGCGCGGGAGGGAGCGAGAGAGAAACAAGACCGACUGCGAGGCGGCUGAAGGGAAGGAAGUGAGAGGCCUAUCUCUUUAUUUCUUCUCCUCAGGCGAGCGUCAAAGCGGGAGCAUCCUCUCUUUCCCCAUUUCCCCUCCUCUCUCUCGCUCUCCACCUGGCGCAGAGGCGGAGGGAAAGCGGAGAAAGGGGCCGGGCUUGGGCGUUUUUUCCCCGCUCUUGCCCGCCCUCAGAGGCGUUGUCUCCCGGAGUGCGGCAUCACUAGAAACAGAAGCAGCAGCGGCAGGCAACGGCUGCCCCGCGUACAGCGCUCAUCCAUAGCCUUGAGCCCUUGUGAUUCCCCCUCACGAAGCAGCAGCAACCGCCAUGGACGGGAAGGCGCCUCACACUCCGGCGAGGCUCAAAGCGCCCGAAGCUGCAGGGGAAGACGGCGCCGAGGAAGAGCUUGCCGCGGCUGCCUCUUUGGGCCGGCCCUUGGGACCCACGCCGAGCCAGAGCCGCUUCCAAGUGGACUUAGUGGCGGAAAACGCCGCCAAGGAGGGGAAGGCGAAGGAGGAUGAGGAAGCGGCGGCUCCGAAGACGAAGAAGGACGCCAAGGGCGACGGCGAGGAAGCCAAGGGCCGGUUCCGGGUGAACUUCGUGGACCCUUCUUCGGCCGCGGACGACGGCUCGGGAGACGUCGGGCUGGAGGGCUGCAACGUCAGCUUCCAAAACGGCGGCGACACGGUGCUGAGCGAAGGCAGCCUCCACUCGGGCUCCCACCACCACUACUACUACGACACGCACACCAACACCUACUAUAUGCGCACCUUCGGCCACAACACCAUCGACGCCGUGCCCAGGAUCGACUACUACCGGCACACGGCCGCCGGCCUGGGGGAGAAGCUCAUCCGGCCCAGCCUGGCCGAGCUCCACGACGAGCUGGACAAGGAACCAUUUGUGGAUGGAUUUGCAAAUGGAGAAGAAGGAACUCCCACUGGAGAAGCUACUGCCACUUACACUGCUGAUAGUAAAGGGAUUGUUAAAUUUGGUUGGAUUAAAGGUGUAUUGGUACGAUGUAUGUUGAAUAUCUGGGGUGUGAUGCUCUUCAUUCGACUGUCCUGGAUUGUAGGACAUGCUGGCAUAGGACUUGCAGUUUUGGUCAUUGCCAUGGCUACUGUUGUAACUACUAUCACGGGCUUAUCUACAUCAGCAAUAGCUACCAAUGGCUUUGUAAGAGGAGGAGGAGCAUAUUACCUAAUUUCCAGAAGCCUGGGCCCAGAAUUUGGUGGUGCAAUUGGGCUGAUCUUUGCCUUUGCUAAUGCUGUAGCUGUAGCCAUGUAUGUAGUUGGUUUUGCAGAGACAGUUGUAGAACUACUUAAGGAACAUGAAGUUCUUAUGUUGGAUCCCAUGAAUGACAUCAGAAUUAUAGGAGCAAUUACAAUUGUUAUUUUGUUGGGCAUAUCUGUAGCAGGAAUGGAAUGGGAAGCAAAAGCACAGAUUGUUCUCCUGGUGAUCCUGCUGAUAGCCAUUGUUGACUUCAUCAUAGGAACAUUCAUUCCAUUUGAGAGUAAGAAGGCUAAAGGCUUUUUUGGCUACAAAGCUGAAAUAUUUUCUGAAAAUUUUGGUCCAGAUUUCCGAGGAGAUGAAACAUUCUUUUCAGUAUUUGCUAUAUUUUUCCCAGCUGCAACAGGCAUUUUGGCUGGUGCAAAUAUCUCAGGUGAUCUUGCGGAUCCUCAAUCAGCCAUACCUAAAGGAACACUUCUGGCCAUCUUAAUUACUACAAUAGUUUACAUGGGAAUUGCAGUAUCAGUAGGAUCUUGUGUUGUUCGAGAUGCCUCUGGGAGCAUAAAUGAUACAAUUAUCCAUGAGCUGACAAACUGUACUACAGCAGCUUGCAAGCUGAACUUUGAUUUCUCCUCCUGUGUAAAACAAGAUAGCUGUCGUUAUGGACUGAUGCACAACUUCCAGGUGAUGAGUAUGGUAUCAGGAUUUGCACCUCUGAUAUCCGCUGGCAUAUUUUCUGCCACCCUUUCUUCAGCGUUGGCAUCGCUUGUCAGUGCACCUAAAAUCUUCCAGGCUUUGUGCAAAGACAAUAUUUAUCCAGGUUUCCUAAUGUUUGCUAAAGGCUAUGGGAAGAAUAAUGAACCUCUGCGAGGAUAUCUUCUGACUUUCCUGAUUGCGCUCGGAUUCAUAUUGAUCGCUGAAUUGAAUGUAAUUGCUCCAAUUAUCUCCAAUUUCUUCUUGGCUUCCUAUGCCUUAAUAAACUUCUCUGUAUUCCAUGCUUCGCUAGCAAAAUCUCCAGGCUGGCGUCCUGCUUUUAAGUACUACAACAUGUGGGUGUCAUUAGUUGGAGCAAUACUUUGCUGUAUAGUGAUGUUUGUCAUUAACUGGUGGGCAGCACUCCUCACAUACGUCAUUGUUCUAGGACUCUACAUUUAUGUAACUUACAAGAAGCCAGAUGUCAAUUGGGGAUCUUCAACACAAGCCUUGACUUACCUAAAUGCAUUGCAGCAUGCUGUCCGCCUUACAGGCGUGGAAGAUCAUGUGAAAAACUUCAGGCCACAAUGCCUUGUAAUGAGUGGUCCUCCAAAUUCUCGUCCUGCUUUGUUGCAUCUGGUCCAUGCAUUUACUAAAAAUGUAGGUCUGAUGAUCUGUGGUCAUGUACAUAUGAGCCCUCGUAGGCAGGCCAUGAAAGAAUUGACGACAGACAUGCCAAAGUACCAGCGGUGGCUUAUUAAAAAUAAAAUGAAAGCAUUUUAUGCUCCAGUACGUGCAGAAGACUUGAGAGAUGGCACACAAUACUUAAUGCAGGCUGCAGGCUUGGGUCGAAUGAGACCAAACACACUUGUGCUUGGAUUUAAGAAAGAUUGGCAGACAGCUGACAUGAAUGAAGUUGACACCUACAUCAAUUUACUACAUGAUGCCUUUGACAUUCAGUAUGGAGUGGUUGUAAUACGUCUGAGGGAAGGUCUGGAUAUUUCUCAUCUGCAGGGACAAGAAGAAGUACUGUCAUCCCAAGAGAAAUCUCCAGUAACAAAAGACAUAAUAGUCAAUGUGGACUACAGCAAGAAGCCUGAGACUGUGACUUCAAAGCCUGUGAGUGAAAAGGCUCCUAUCCAUAAAGAAGAGGAAGAAGAUGUCAAGACCCCAACACAGCCACUUUUGAAAAAAGACCCUAAAGGCCUGCCUAUUCCCUUGAACUUGACUGAUCAAAGACUGCUUGAUGCAAGCUCUCAAUUUCAGAAAAAACAAGGAAAAAAUAAUAUUGAUGUGUGGUGGCUUUUUGACGAUGGAGGUUUAACACUCCUGAUUCCGUAUCUUCUGACAACGAAGAAAAAAUGGAAAGACUGUAAGAUCAGGGUAUUCAUUGGUGGAAAAAUAAACAGAAUAGAUCACGACAGAAGAGCGAUGGCUACAUUGCUCAGCAAAUUUCGAAUAGAUUUCUCAGAUAUCAUGGUCCUGGGUGACAUCAAUACAAAGCCAAAGAAAGAAAAUAUUGCUGCUUUUGAAGAAAUGAUAGAGCCUUUCAGACUUCAUGAAGAUGAUAAAGAGCAAGAUGUUGCAGAUAAAAUGAAAGAAGAUGAGCCUUGGAGAAUCACAGAUAAUGAACUUGAGCUAUACAAAACCAAGAGCCACCGCCAGAUUAGAUUAAAUGAAUUACUGAAAGAACAUUCAAGCACAGCUAAUCUAAUUGUUAUGAGUUUGCCAGUUGCACGGAAGAGUGCAGUCUCAAGCGCGCUCUACAUGGCCUGGAUUGAGGCUCUCUCAAAAGACCUGCCCCCGGUUCUCCUUGUCCGUGGAAAUCACCAGAGUGUUCUUACUUUCUAUUCCUAAAUACGGCUGCAGGACCUGCAGCUGUAUUGAAAUGGUACUUCAGUGCCUAAAGGGGAGAGACUCGGAUGUCUGGCUGAAAUAUUAACAUCACACACAGGCGAAAAGUGACAACCCUUUCACUAUUCCACUGACUUGAAAGCACACAAGGACAGUCACUCUGCUCCUAAAGUUGUGAAAGCUUCAGUUUUCUUCUAAUUCCUCCAUAAUUUAAUCUUGCUUAAUGGGAAAAGAUUCCUUGGUAGACUGAAGAAUGAAUGAACGAACAGGAUUUUCUUUGCUACUUGAGCAGCAGCAAUAAAAGUGUUUAUUUUUGAUCAAUGAAAGGAUUAUAGAUUUAUAAAAGCCUUUUAGCCUUGAGGUGCCUUCUGAAGUUAACCAAAUUACAUCCAUAUUCCCUGUUUUGUAAAUUUAUACAGAAUAUCAGUCUGUCAUUGGCUGAAUCUUCCUUUAAUUUCUAGACUCUUCCAUCUUACAGUUUUUAAAAAAUGCUGCAUUCUGGUCUUCCAUCAAGGUAUUAGUUUUUACUGUUAUAUGUUUCCUAUUGUUUGGAAUGGUGUGUGUGCGUUUCUUAUUUUGUUUUUGUUUUUUUUUAAAAAGGUCUGUUGUAUAUGAAAAAGGUAAACGGGGCAGGUUGGCUAUUAUGAAAACCAAGUCCAUGGUAUUAAUAUCUAGGACUUUGUACUCUUCAAUUUGUACUGCUGAAUAAAGAUGAAGUAUACUAAUUAAGAGAGAGUAUUUUCUCAGAUUCCAUCCUGUUUUUUCCCCAUUUCGCUACCUUGGUCAAAGGUCAGUAGGCCAGUUUUUUAUCCUGCAGCUCCAAUGAGAAGCUGCAGUUCUGUUACCGGAUUCUGUAAAUAUCCCAGCUAAUUAAAUGGGAUGCAAUCUAAAAGGAUACUUCAAAAUCUUUUAGGACCUUCUAAGCUGACAGUUUUUUUCACCUAAUUAAACGGACCACAUUGUAUGAGAGGCAUUUGAAAGCAACUGAUUCAUUUGUCAGAAUCUAUGUUUAGUCUUGUUAAAUACUCAGGUUUAAUUCUCCUGACCUUUGCGUUUUAAUUUGUAUAUGACUCCUUGUGGAUCCAAGAACUGCCAAUUUGUGUGCCCUCUUUGCACGCGCGUGUGUUGACAGCUUUAUUUUAUUAUUUUUUUACUCUGAAAUGCUUACUGAAAAAAAUCACUUCGUAAUAGCGUUUAUGCCUAAUAUCUGUAAGAGUUGCCUAAAAAUCUUCCUCUGCCUCUUGACGGGCAGCAUACAAGAUGGAACAUUUAUUGUUUCAGUGUUUUGUCAGUGAAGAAACAGAACAGAAAACAAGUCUUUCAGCUAGUCAAGAUCGAAGUAAAGGAGCAAACAGUUCCAUUGGCAGCCCUAGUUCCUGAGAGAAGGCAGUUCUUUCGUUUAGUGGUUUGCAUUCCAGUAAAUUGUUAUUUUCAUUGUCUUACCAAUGUUGACUGAUCUCUCUUUUUCAGAAGUGCAAUACAAGUUGGCUGCCAGGUAGAGUAAAUCAAUGCCAGUCUCUAGUUUUCAAAAGAAAUUAGAAGUUGCAAGAAACUUGAUUUUUUUCUGAAAAAAGCCAAACAAAUUAACAUUCCCAGUGUGUAAUUAAAAGCAUUGGUUAUUGCACAUUUGCAGUGUUUGUUGGUGUGAUGAUAGGAAACAAAAUGAUUCAGUGAAUCAGGAUUUCCAUUUUUGUUUAAUGUUCAGAAACAAUAGGGCAUGGACUUAAUGCUGCUAUCGAGACAAGUGCACAGGUACACUUAUCCAAAAUUCUGCCCAUUGAGGAAAACCAUUGCUUUUGAUCUGUAAAGGGAACCAAAUGGAAAGUAUCUCUUAAGUGUGAAAUGUGUAUAAAAUAGCAAAUCAUCUAAAUAUGCAUAUAUAUUGAUGGUAGCAAAAUGUCUGUGAAUUAAUAAAGGUUUUUUUUUCUCACAUGAGAAUUUUCAGUACUUCACACACAUAAACACAAACAGACACCAAAUCAACAAAUGCAAAAUUUAAUCUUUAAUGGACUAACACUCCAAUAAACUUCAAUUGUACCUUGUUACCAAAAGGCAAGUUUGUGAUCUAGCGAUUCCAAAUUUAUUUUCAGUUUAAAUUAAACGUUUUCUUUUUGGUGCCGUAUUUUAAGUUCCAAUCAGUAAUGACUUGAAAUAAUUAUUUUCCAUUGAUGUUCAGCAAUACCAUUCUGUAGAUGAAACUUUAUUUUAUGAAAUUAGUGUUUAGUAGCAAAACAAAUCAACUUAUUUAUUGUUUCAUUAUGUCUGUAUUAGGAUUUCCUUUUUACAUAAUUCUUUUUAUAUGGUUUUCUGUUUAUUUAAAAAUGAAUUAUGGUCUUAAUUUAAGGAUUGAGCUUUGGUUGGUACUAUCCACAGUUUGAAAAUGUCAUGUCAUAUUUUGAUAAUAUUGUACUGUAACUGUCACACACAAUGGCUUUUCUAAUGUUUUAACAACAACUGAGUAUUGCAGUUUCUACUCUGUAUUGGGGCGGGAUCACUGCAAUAAAUGGGAGUGAAUUAAA